UUUCUGGUCCUGGUCACUCAUCAGUGUUGAGUGGUAACAUGAGCAGCCUACAUCUUGAUCCUCACUAGUCAGUCUAGCUAAGGUCCAUUGGUCUACAUUCAUUCCUUUUCUUUAUCUAGCCACGCCUAGGCCCACGCAGCCCACGUGAUACCACGUGUGUAAAAUGGUGUCUAUCUCACAGAAUGAGACUUUUGUUUAUACCCCAAGUCCGCAACUAGCACCAACUAGUCAUAGGAUUAGGGUUCCUAUUGUAUUUUGGGGGCAUCAUCCUCCAGUACACGAUAUUACCUGUAUGACCAGGACAGAGGAGGAUAAAGGAGGAGCUACUGGUACUAAAACGGGGCAGAUUUGUAUCUGGAACAUAUACAGGAAGAGAAUCAAUGGAGAAUUUGUGUUUUGUCUGAGACUAUUAUUACUAGGAAUGGAGUCUGGAGACAGGAACAGGAUUGUCAGUCUUAGUAAAAAUGGGUGCAUAGCAUUGUGGGAUGGUAAAGAUGGGAUGUGUCUUAAAACUGUUAAUAAUCUUGGAAAUGGAAUGCAUUAUGGAAUAAAGCUGCAGGUGUGGAGUCUAUCAUUGGUAAGCUUCAUUGAGAGGAAGGUCCUGAUUUCAAGUCUCAUUUCACUGGCUCUCUCUCUGACUCAUGGCAGUCCCCAGCCACCCCUUGUUCCCUUAUUGACUCAGUUUAUCCCAGUAUCAGUGCUGGUCCUUCUUCCAAUAUUAUUGUUUCUUUAUUUUUGACACAAUUCAGUUGGUUGAUCUGUGUAUUGUCCAAUGGUGGUAUUAUAGUUCUAUCAGGAACUCAAGCAGCUACCAAACUCUUACUAGCCAAGAGAAAGUUCUCAAGAGUAUUAUUUCUUAAGAGGUCACAAGAGGAGAGUCCCCUCCUGUUGUAUCCUGUGACUAUAUAGCACUGCUUAUGAUACCAAUCACUUGUUAUCUGGUAGUCCUGAUUUCUCUGUUAGAUUGUGGGACCUCUUCAAAGGAAUAUUGUUCCACACUAUUGCAGUUCAUGGUGGGUGGUCAGUAGCAUUGUAGCAUGUCCUCCUCAUAUUAAUCUCACCUAGACUCCUAGUAUCAUGCCUUCAUGCAUGGAACCUUGACAACUCACUGGACAAGCACAGCUGCUAUUCACACAUACAGAAGGUGAGAUGAUUAAAGAUUAUGGAGCAGUUCAAAGGUUGUGUGCAAGGUUUGAGGAUAUUCUUGUCAGGGACUAAAGGCUGGAUAGUUCUUCACUGGGAAGCAUCCAACAUUCUGGCCUAAUGUAUUGGAAAUA